CCUCCUCCUCCUUCACCUCCUGCUGCGGGCGGGCGGUCCGAGGUGCCCCACUCCCCUCAGCGGCUAUGGCCACCGAGCUGGAGCCGCCGGCGGCUGGCUCCGUGCCGGGCGCGGCGCCGCUGGAGGCGGAGGAGGACGAGGAGCACUGGCUCUAUGGGGAUGACACCACCGGUAAGCAAGAAGAUGGACCAAUUUCUGGACACACAGAAUCCUCUCAUGCUCUGCAAGAUGCUCCUCAGGAGAACCGGCCUGUCAGCACUGAAGACCGAGAGAUGUCACAACAUGCCCUUCCCAGUGGUGAAGAUGAUGAAGACGACAGUGAUAGCGACAGCGAUGACGAUGACGUCAAAGUUACAAUUGGCAACAUUAAAACGGGAGCACCAUCGUACAUGGGAACUCCUAUGAAUCUGAACUUAAAAACGGGUAGAGGCUAUGGAGCAUCUGCUUCAGCCAAGUUGCAGCCCAAAGGUAUUGACUUAGAUGCUGCAGGGAAUAUAAAUGGAUUGCCUGUUAUCGAAGUGGAUUUAGAUUCAUUUGAAGACAAACCAUGGAGGAAACCAGGUGCUGAUCUUUCUGAUUACUUUAAUUAUGGAUUCAAUGAAGAAACAUGGAAAGCUUACUGUGAAAAGCAGCGACGGCUUCAGCUGGGACUGGAUCCUGCUCCUCCCAUCAGCACGGAGAAUAAGAUCACAGUUCAGCAAGGAAGAACAGGAAAUGCUGAGAAAGAGGUGGAAAACAACAUCAUCAAAACAGAAUUCAAAACAGACUUCUUGGCUCUAGUGGGAGGACGCAUGAAGGCUGGGCCUCCUCCCAAUAGGAAGCUGGGUGGGACCAUCGACGUGAUCGGUGGGCAGGCAGGCACCAUCAGGAGAGUAGAAGGAAGACGUCGUGAUAAGCAUGCCUCUGAGGAGAACCCAAUUCAGGUCCUUGGAGACCAUGGAAACAAGCCCCAACCUCCCCAGCAGCCCCAGCAGCCAUCACAGCCCCAGCAGCCACCUCAGCAACAGCCAUUUGCACCACCAGCAGGCCCACCGCCUCCCCCGCUGGCUGGGCCACCUCCACCACACUUCCUCCAUCCUCCUCCGCCAGUUACUUCUGUUCCACCUCCCCUGCAUCCUCCAGGUCUGCCACCACCCGGUCCUAUUCCAGGGUUGUUCCCGCCUCCUCUGGCACCACCACCAGCUCUCCUCAUUCCAACCUUGGAUGGCCAACCAGCCAGCUACAACAACAGGCAGCCUCCACCAUUUGGCUACAACUCUGCAGAUUCAGGUUUCAUCAGCUACCCGCCCAUCUCCACGUCCCACACGCCCUGGGUGACGACGGUGGACAAAGGCACGAGCAGCUCCAGCAGCAGCCAUUGGGAGUACUCGGGCUCCAGGCGCGAGCGGGAGCGGGAACGGGAGCGGGAGCGGGAACGCGAGCGAGACCGGGACCGCACCCCCACCACCAGCGAGUACAACAAUGACGACGAGCGGUACCGCUACUACAGCCGCGAGCGCAGCUACGACUUCGAGCGCGACUACCGCCGCAGCCGGGACCGCAGCCGCGAGCGCGAGGACCGGCACCGGGAGCGCCGGCACCGGGACAAGGAGGAGAGCAGCAAGCAUAAGUCCUCCCGACGCAAGCAGCACGAGAGCGAGGAGGGGGAGAGUCACCGGCGCCACAAGCACAAAAAGAACAAGCGCAGCAAGGAGGAGAAGGAGGCCAGCGAGGACGGUGCCCAGGAAGGAGAGGAGCAGGAUGCCAAGGAGUAACCAUCACCUGCAGCCCUCAGCAGGAACUCGCUCCGUUGGAACCAGCGCGGCAGUGGUGAUGGUUUGGUUUGAGGCUUUGAUUUUGACUUUUUUUUAUUAUUGUUGUUAUUUUUUGGUAUUAUUAUUUUUCUUUCCAAGGGGAGAGAGAGGCUGACUCUGGGUGAGCAGCAGUGCACCUCGCAGGGGGUGGAGAGUGGAGGCUUGCAGGUGCGCUUCGACUUUUGUUGGGUUUUCUUUUUGAUACAAGACAAACUACAGCAGUCCUGAGAUCCCAAGCACUGAGCUACUCCUAAGCAUCCCUGGAGAGAACUUUGCUGUGUCAGAUCCUAUGGUUUCUGAUGGAAGAUGGCUUCAGCUGAAACUAACACGUUUAGGUCACAGUUUUUAUUAUGGCCUUUUUUUUUUCAUCAUCAUCAUCAUUCCUCUUUGAAAAACAGGACAGUAAGUGCAACUCAAGAUUUAUUGUCCAAAGAAAGGUGUGAUUUAGGAUCCUGAGAGCCAGCUUAGAGCCUGGCUUCUAGUAGUGGAAAAAGUCUCAUCCCCAAAUAAAUUUCUUUAGAGCACAAAACCACCUCCUGAUUUCUCCAUGGCCAGAUGGGCAGCACAGGAGGAGGACGAACUGCUUCCAGUGGUGGGACACAAGCUCCUGCCUUGCUCUGAUGGCUUUGAGAAGCUAUCGUGUGUUUACACAGGGUGUGCAAAGACUCCAAACCUGGCUGCUUUUUGUGUGCUUUGUUUUGUUUUUUUAACUAAAAAUAGUUCUGUCAUAUGUUGCAAGGUGGGAAACCCACUGAAGACCCAGAGCAUGAAUUUCUCUGUGAUGAGAUCUGACUAACUUGGUUUUGUUUUUACUAAG